UUCAUCUGACUGUCGAAGCAGCUGUUAGUCUGAAGUCACACAUUAAGAUGAACUGAGAGCAAACAAGAUGGACAAAGUUCUGCUGCUCAUCAUGGCUGCAUCAGGGCUGAGUGCUGUCUCAUCACAAGCUGGACGGCAGUACUAUUUUUUUUAUGAGCCGCAGAACGUGACUGAAGCAAAAACUUACUGCAGAGAGAAAUACACAGACCUGGCCACUGUAGACAGCAUGGAGGAUGUAAAGACCCUGAACAAAAUGGCAGAUUCAAGCAACAUGGUCUACCCAGGAUACCCAACAUACUACAACUAUCGAGCAUGGAUAGGACUGUAUGAUGACGUGAACAGCUGGCGGUGGUCACUGACGAACACAAGUUUCUACAAACCCGGGGAGACGGAGUUCAGACGAUGGCGGAAUGGGGAACCGAAUAAUAUGUUCAGUAAAGAACACUGCACACAGAUGGGUGUUGAUGGGAAAUGGAACGACGCCAGUUGUGACAGCUCCAUGAAGGCAGUCUGUGUACAGGUCAGAGGGCCAGAUGUGACUUUUAUCCUCACUAACAUCUCCAUGUCGUGGCCUGCGGCCCAGAACUACUGCAGAACACAGUACACAGACCUGGCCAGUGUGAGAAACAGCACAGAGAACCAGAAGGUGCAGGACCUGAUACCUACUGGAGGAGCAGUCUGGAUCGGCCUUUUCAGAGACUCCUGGAAGUGGUCGGAUGGAAGUACUUCCUCAUUCAAGUACUGGAACACUGGGUACCCCAACAACAAAGCUGGGAACGAGGCUUGUGUGGCUGCAGCUUUCAAUCAAUCUGGACAAUGGGAAGACUGGAACUGUGGCGUCAAGAGAGCAUUCAUUUGCUUCGGUCCAGUGCCUGCUUCAAAGGAUGUGAUAAGACUGAGUUUGGAGAAGAAGAACUCCCUGGAUCUGAACAGCCCUGCUGUGAUGGAGGCCAUGUUGAAGCAGCUCCAACAGAAGCUGAAGGCCCGGGGGCUGGACGGCAACAUCAAACUGAGCUGGAGGAAGCAGGCCGAUGGAAAAGUCUUCCACAGGAAGAAGAAGAAGGAUGAGCUGGAAUGAUCGCUGCGCUGUUUUCAUCAGAGAAAAGUGUGUUUCUUUCCUUAGAGUGCUAACGGGCUAGAAUAGAGAUGUGACAAUCAGCUGAUUAACCCAUAAGCCCACUUCCAGCUUCUCAAUAAUGAAGUUUUGAUUCUUUUCUUCGUCAUGUAUGAUCAUUAACUUAAUAUCUCUGGGCUGUAGACUGUUGGAUGAUUGAAACAAGACUUUUGAAUAUAUCUGCUUUGGCUGCGGGUAAAUAUAACAGACAUGUUUCACUAGUUUCUGACAUUUUGUAGAACAGAUACGUUAAGAUUAGAAAAGAUUUUGCAGCAGAACCAUGCACUAUUUAUUUACAGUUAAAUCACUCGCUCCACGGACCCAAGGAAGUGCAUUUACAAGUGUGAAGUUGUUUGAUAGCGCGGUUCUCCAGAUUGCUGCAAGCAGCAACACCGGAGGCCAUAGACGCGUUUAAUACGGGCACUGCACUAGUGCUUCUUCAACACAAGUCCAGUUACAUAAAUAACGUCAAGGAGUCUGAUAUCACAUUCAAAUCAUCCUGUGUUUGCAUAGAAAGUCAAACCAGCGGCGGAGGAAGUAUUUACAUCCUGUAGUAGAAAUGAACUGGUUUCUAAACAAGGUUCAAUGCAUCGCUUCUCUUUGUUAGAGGUGAAUGUUUUUUUUGUACAUGGUCCCUGAUAUUGUAAUGCAACAAACUAAAGUAAAUGUACCAAUCCCAAAGUAAAGUAAAAGUCCUGCAAUGUAACUGUAAUAAAGGUAUUUAAAGUGGCCAUAUUAUGCUCAUUUUCAGGUUCAUAAUUGUAAUUGGAGAUUGUAUCAGAAUAGGUUUACAUGGUUUAAU